AUGGCAGAAGGAACUCGUUCUUCAGUGAAAACAAAUAUGAUGGAAGAGUGUGUUGCCAAGCUUGCUCGUCACGAAGAGCAGUUCAGUGCAUUUGGGGAUCUACUCCAGAGCAUGAACCUAAAAUUAACAUUAAUGGAGGCUAAGUUGGAUCAGAAUCAAAAGAACAAAUCUGAGCAUAAGAGUGGAAGCAGCAGUGAAACCGGAUUAAAUACUUUCUUUGGAAGUAAUGCAUAUAAAUCAGUGAAAUUCACAGUACCUAGAUUUGCAGGAGGGAAUCCUGAACCAUGGAUUCACAAAAUUCAGCAAUUCUAUGGAUUCCACAAUCUGAACGAUGGGGAUAAGCUCACACUGACGUCUUUUCAGAUGGAUGGAGUGGCUGAAAGCUGGUUCCAUUGGAUGGAUCGAAGCCAAAGGUUGACGACUUGGGAUGCCUUUAUUGUAGCGUUACGCUCCCGGUUUGGACCUUCCAAAUAUAUGGAUCUUCGGGGUGAAUUGGGAAGGUUGUCACAGAGAACCACCGUAGAAGGAUAUCAGAAAGAGUUUGAACAGCUGUCCAAUCAAAUAAUAGGAAUCGAUGAUGUUACCUUGCAAAGCUAUUUUGAGAAUGGACUCAAAUCUGAAAUUAGAAAGGAGGUGAGGAUGUAUCUUCCAGAAUCAUUACAGAAUGCCAUCGAAUUGGCUAAAGUGGUGGAGGACAAGCUGAAUGAUAGAGUGCCUGCACUAGUUGGAUACCAAAAAUUUGUUCCCAACAACCAGAGACAGCAGCCAGGCCUGCUACCAACUCCGAAUAGAGGGGUGGUCAAUACUGCUGGAAAUCCGAGAGACACUAUGCCGAUUAAAAGGCUGUCAGCUGCAGAGAUGAUGGAGAGAAGAGAAAAAGGGCUCUGUUAUUAUUGUGAUGAAAAGUUUAACCGCAGCCAUGUAUGCAAAGGGAAGAUGUUCUUACUGCUCAUUCAAGAAGAUGAAGAGGAAGAAAAGGAUGAGGAAUUUGAAGUCACCAAUGAAAAGAUAGGGGGUGAAGAGGAAGUACCUGGUAUUAGCCUCCAUGCUAUGGAUGGGCAGUACUCUUCUAGCACCCUACGAUUGAAGGGACUCAUCAACAAGAAUCCGGUUCAAGUUCUGGUGGAUGGAGGUUCUACUCACAAUUUUGUGCAGGAGAGGAUAGUUAAGUUUCUGGGGUUGGAGGUGAAACCGAUUGGCCAAUUUACAGUAUUAGUAGGGAAUAGGGCCAGUUUGAUUUGUAAAGGCGUUUGCCAACAGGUAGGCUUGGAACUACAAGGGUAUAAGUUUUUCCCUGACCUGUUUGUCCUUCCUAUUCAGGGAGCCGAAGUGGUGCUAGGGGUCCAAUGGUUAUCUGAAUUUGGGGAUAUCACCACUAACUACAAGCAAUUGGUCUUGAAGUUUGAGAGGGAAGGAGAGGUGAUUGAGUUGCAAGGAGAAACCAGAAUGCAGGUGGAGCCAAUUGAACUACAUCAGCUUCGAAGAAUGACCCACUCGGAUGCCAUAGCUACUUAUUUCCAGUUGCAAACCAUUGAGCACCAUCACAUGGAGGAACCUGAGGUGGAAGAGAAAUGCCACUCCUUAAUACAACCAGUUCUGCAAGAAUUUGAAGAUGUUUUUUCCACUCCCAAUCAGCUACCACCUACACGGUUGGAAGAUCACCGUAUCCACCUUGAACCUGGGACAAAGGCAGUAAAUGUCAGACCAUACAGGUACCCUUAUUUUCAAAAAUCUGAAAUUGAAAGAAUGGUGAAAGAAAUGCUUGAAACGGGUGUCAUCAGACCUAGCUUAAGUCCAUUUUCAUCACCAGCCUUAUUGGUAAAAAAAAAGAUGGGACUUGGAGAUUCUGUGUAG